UGCCAGUCACCGACAAUUUCGUUGCAACAACACGACACCCAAGAUUUACAUCUAACUUACAGAAUGUUCGAACACGGAGGAGUUGACCGCCUCCCAAAACGAAUAAUACUGAUCCGUCACGGCGAGAGUGAAGGCAACCGCGACGGUUCAACCUACUCCACCGUACCGGACCACCAGAUCGCACUCAUCCAACAAGGAAUCUCUCAGGCCAGACUCGCCGGAACCCAGAUCCGCCAACUAGUUUCCGGUUCGGACAGCCUCCCGGACACCUGGAAAGUCUACUUCUAUGUUUCACCGUACACGCGAACUCGAUCGAGUCUCCGGGAGAUUGCGAGAUCGUUUCCUAGGAAGUGUGUGAUUGGAGUUAGAGAGGAAUGUAGGAUUAGGGAACAGGAUUUUGGGAAUUUUCAGAUUACUGAAGAAAUGAAGGUGAUUAAGGAUGUUAGACAGAGGUUUGGUAGGUUUUUUUAUCGGUUUCCCGAGGGUGAGUCUGCUGCUGAUGUGUAUGAUCGUGUUUCUAGCUUUCUUGAAUCUUUAUGGAGAGACAUAGACAUGAACCGGCUUAAUCAUGACCUGUCAACAGACCUAAACCUGAUCAUAGUCUCACACGGGGUCGCUUCGCGAGUGUUCUUGAUGAAGUGGUUCAAGUGGACCGUUGAGCAGUUCGAGUACUUGCACAAUUUUGACAACUGUGAGUUCCGAGUGAUGCAAUUAGGUUCGGGUGGUGAGUACAGUCUAGCAGUUCACCACUCUGAUGAACAGAUGCAACAAUGGGGACUAUCACCCGAUAUGAUAGCGGGCCAAAAAUGGCGAGCCUAUGCUCCACGGGGUGCCAAUAUGGAGAAAUUGCCAUGGUACCUUGACGGUUUCUUAGACCAUGCAAGUGAUGAUGGUGACGACGAUAAUGAUGAUGAUAAAAAUAUCGAAAAUAAUGUUUCUUGAGUUUUCAUGUUGAAGAUCCAUUGCAUAUGUUCUUGAAGAUCCAUGCAGUGGUACUAUGCACAUUACCUCUUGUAUUGAUCAUAUACUGUCCCUCAAUAGUUAUUAUGUAUAUAUUCUUUUGUCUCAUGAAAGUUGUAACCAGUGAUACAAUCGUUGUAAUAAGUGUUUUGUUGUUAGUUAAAUACAACCGAAGGGUCUUUAUUUCUUCA